CGCUGAGCUGUGGGAAGUAGUGCCGGUUAGUUCAGCCUGGAUAAGUUCAGACAGUGGCGGAGGAAAAGAUCAGAAGUUCCUGCAGGCGUUCAUCUUCUGAGGACUUUUCUAGCAGUCGCGGACGCAGCUCCAGCCAUGUCUCAGACAAAGACUACAGGCUCUGCCUUCAUUCAGACGCAGCAGAUGCACGCUGCUAUGGCAGAAACCUUCCUGGAGCACCUGUGUCUGCUGGACAUCGACUCUGAGCCUACGGUGUCCCGCAACACGGGCAUCGUCUGCACGCUCGGACCUGCCUCCCGAUCCGUGGAGACCCUGAAGGAGAUGAUCAAGUCCGGAAUGAACGUUGCACGUUUGAACUUCUCCCACGGAACUCAUGAGUACCAUGCUGAAACCAUCAAGAAUGUCCGUGAAGCCAUUGAGAGUUUUGGAGCUGGGAGCAUCGAGUACCGACCAGUAGCCAUUGCUCUGGACACCAAAGGCCCAGAGAUCAGGACAGGACUUAUUAAGGGUAGUGGCACUGAGGAGGUCAAGCUCGUCAAGGGUAACAUUAUCAAGCUCACUCUGGAUGACAGCUACAAGGACAAUUGCGAUGACAAGAUUCUGUGGCUGGACUACAAGAACAUCACAAAGGUGGUGCAGAAGGGCAGCCAUGUUUACGUCGACGACGGUCUUAUUUCACUCAUGGUUAAGGAAAUUGGUUCUGAUUUCCUGAACUGCGAGAUUGAGAAUGGAGGCAUGCUGGGCAGCAAGAAAGGCGUGAACCUGCCCGGGGCCAAUGUUGACCUGCCCGCAGUGUCUGAGAAGGACAUUCAGGACCUUCAGUUUGGCGUGGAGCAGGGCGUCGACAUGGUUUUUGCCUCCUUCAUCCGCAAAGCCGCGGACGUGCAGGCUGUCAGGAAGGUGCUCGGAGAGAAAGGCAAAAACAUCAAGAUCAUCAGCAAGCUGGAGAACCAUGAGGGUGUGCGCAAGUUUGACGAGAUCCUGGAGGCCAGCGAUGGUAUCAUGGUCGCCCGUGGAGAUCUGGGUAUUGAAAUCCCAACUGAGAAGGUGUUCCUGGCUCAGAAGAUGAUGAUUGGUCGCUGCAACAGGAUUGGCAAACCAAUCAUCUGCGCCACACAGAUGCUGGAGAGUAUGGUCCAUCACACACGUCCCACCCGUGCAGAGAGCAGUGAUGUGGCCAAUGCGGUGCUGGACGGAGCCGACUGUGUCAUGCUGUCUGGUGAGACGGCCAAAGGACACUUCCCUGUAGAAGCUGUCGCCAUGAUGCACUCGAUCUGUCGUGAGGCCGAGGCGGCCAUCUUUCAUCAGCAGCUGUUUGAAGAGCUGCGCCGCUUGACCCCUCUGAGCUCCGACCCCACAGAGGUCACGGCUAUCGGAGCCGUCGAGUCGUCCUUCAAAUGCUGCGCUGGAGCCAUCAUCAUCCUCACCACCUCCGGCAGGUCUGCUCAUUUAUUAUCUCGGUAUCGUCCUCGGUGUCCGAUCAUCGCCGUGACGAGGAACAUGCAGGUUGCUCGUCAAUCACAGCUGCUCCGCGGAGUUUUUCCCGCCUUCUUCAGAGCUCCGCCCGCAGACGUCUGGGCCGACGACGUGGACAACCGUGUCACUUUUGCCAUGGACAUCGGUGAGUGUGUGUGUGUGUCCGUGUAUGCAGCUUCUCAGCCUGUGCAGACCAUGAAGAACGGGACCCAAGAAGACCCUCUGAUGUUAUUACAUGAUGCUGACAUCUAUCCUCAAGAGUCACAUCUGUCAUGGAAGAAGUCCUGA